AUGAAAGUAGGAGAAGAUAAGAUUCGUCUAGCAUUGGAAGAAAUACGUAAGAAUAUCAAGCAACUAGUUGAAGAAACAAGUCGAAAAUAUCAAUUAAAUCAAGAAUUGUUAUAUAAAUAUGGUGAAUCAUCAAAUAUUUUGGUUGAUUAUAAUUUAAAAAAUCAAAAAUUGAAUCAUUUACAAGAAAAAGAAUUAAUUGAAAAAAUUAAAGAUUUAAAUGAUUUAGGCGAAGCUCCUUCAAUUCAAAAAUUAAGAGUUUUAGCUUAUGGAAUAUUAAAAAAAAAUGGGGAUUUUUCAAGUUUGGGGAAAUCAUGGCAUUCUACUUUUUUAGCAAGGCAAGCAAAUCUUUUUAAAGUUGAUAAAGGAAAAGUUAAAACUAAAGUAUGA